CCGUGGGGACUGGCUCCGCCCCACCCCGCCCCUGGCUCCCCCGGGAGGGCAGGCUCUGGGGCGGGGACGGGGGACGGGGACGGAGGCGCGGGGGCGUGGUUCUGCCGUAUAAGAACGGAGGGGGCGGCGGCGGGACCGCUCACUUUGGUGCCGCUGCCUGGGGGCCGUAGUGACCGUGCUGCUCCUCCUGGGGGCUGCCCACGCCAAGGACCUUCCUCUGUCGCCUCCUCUUCCACCGCCCAGUUUCCCCAGCCAGAACAUCCCCCAAGAUGGCAGAGGAGAGCAGCAGUGCCAGGGACUGCAUUUCCUUCAGCGUGCUCAACUGGGAUCAGGUUAGCCGGCUGCACGAGGUCCUGACCGAGGUCGUACCCAUCCAUGGACGAGGCAACUUUCCAACCUUGGAGAUAACUCUGAAGGACAUCGUCCAGACCGUCCGCAGCCGGCUGGAGGAGGCAGGCAUCAAAGUGCAGGAUGUCCGGCUGAAUGGCUCUGCAGCUGGCCACGUUUUGGUCAAAGACAAUGGCCUGGGUUGCAAAGAUCUGGACCUGAUCUUUCACGUGGCUCUUCCAACAGAAGCAGAAUUUCAGCUGGUCAGAGAUGUGGUUCUGUGUUCCCUUCUGAACUUCCUGCCAGAGGGUGUGAACAAGCUCAAAAUCAGUCCAGUCACUCUGAAGGAGGCGUACGUGCAGAAGCUGGUGAAGGUCUGCACGGACACCGACCGCUGGAGCCUGAUUUCCCUCUCCAACAAGAACGGGAGGAACGUGGAGCUGAAAUUUGUUGAUUCCAUCCGGCGUCAGUUUGAGUUUAGUGUGGACUCUUUCCAAAUCAUACUGGAUUCUUUGCUUUUUUUCUAUGACUGCUCCAGUAACCCCAUCUCUGAGCACUUCCACCCCACAGUGAUCGGGGAGAGCAUGUACGGGGACUUUGAGGAAGCCUUUGAUCACCUGCAGAACAGACUGAUCGCCACCAAAAACCCCGAAGAGAUCAGAGGCGGGGGACUUCUCAAGUACAGCAACCUUCUCGUGCGGGACUUCAGGCCCACGGACCAGGAAGAAAUCAAAACUCUAGAGCGAUACAUGUGCUCCAGGUUUUUCAUCGACUUCCCGGACAUCCUUGAACAGCAAAGGAAGUUGGAGACCUACCUGCAGAACCACUUUGCUGAAGAAGAGAGAAGCAAAUACGACUACCUCAUGAUCCUUCGCAGGGUAGUGAACGAGAGCACCGUGUGCCUCAUGGGACAUGAACGCAGGCAGACCCUGAACCUCAUCUCCCUCCUGGCCUUGCGUGUGCUGGCAGAACAAAACAUCAUCCCCAACGCCACCAACGUCACCUGUUACUACCAGCCCGCUCCUUAUGUCAGUGAUGGCAACUUCAACAACUACUACGUUGCCCAUCCUCCAGUUACCUACAGCCAGCCUUACCCCACCUGGCUGCCCUGUAACUAACCUUGAGACCUGAGGGUUUCCACAGUGGGAGCCCCAGUAGAGCCAGGGCUCUCAGGUAGGGGAGCCUCCUUCUAGAUGUAGGUGUUUGGCUUUUAAAGGGGAACUCAGCUCUGAUUCUGCUUUUUUUUUUUUUUUUUUUCCUUUUUGUACCCAUUGGAAUGGGUCUACCGUAACCAUGAGCCAACCCUAAAAGGACCCAUAGUAAGUGCCACUUUGGAAAAUGCUGUAGGAAGUGUGAACUAUCCACAUCUUUCCAAGAUAGACACUAAUGUGUCAUGUCCCAAGCAUUAGCACGUGGGGGUUUGACCUCUACAAUAACAGAUUGGGAGAGCUUGGGCAGCAUAUGAGAAGUGUUAAGCUACUUUCUUCUCACUUGAGCCUAGAGUAGGCUGUGUUGGCCCUCACUUGGGAUUCUCAGCAGUUACAUGGACGUUGUGCAGAUAAUCUCUUUUCUUGUAUCAAUUUUAGUCAGGCAGAAAAUGGUAAACAUGUGGGUGCUCUUGUGACCUAAUUUUUGUUCAAGGGACUAAAUCGCUUAUGUUCAUUCCCUGUCAGCAGAGCUGAGAAUUUCUUUCAUCAAUAAACCAAAGCCAGUAGCUGGAGAAUUGAGAUCUGGUUGGAAGUGGUUUAUGGUUUAGAUGCUGUGUUAUCUUGAGGAAUUGUGAAAUAUUGCUGAGAAAAAAAAAUAACCUUUUCUUGAAAUGUAAAUCAAAACCAAAAUAAAAUGUGGAACAUAAUGUUAAAGUAGAAUUGUGGUGGUGGUGGUGGGAGAGGUGACUGUAAAUAGGAAACAUUGAAUGUUCAUUCUUUUUUUCUUUAAGGAAUUCUUAUUGAAUGACACCUUUUUUUUUCCCCUCCUUCAUCAGCUCUUUUGUGGCUGACUUUUUGUUUUGCUCUUCCUAAGACAGGAUUGUGCUGGGUCUAGAGUCAUUAUGGGAACUGACAUGAGGGUCUUCCCAUGUUUUAAUUGGAAACCCAUUUUGGUCACAUUCCAAGUAUGACAAGCUGUUUUUCUGGAGUACUUUGGCUAUUUUUGGUUUUUUGUUCUUUUUGUUUUUGUUUUUUCAAAAAUAGUAAUUUCCUUCUCCAGGUGUUUUUGACAGCAGAUGAAUUCAGGAAUUUCAGUAGAACCGAGUGACCUGUGGAAUUGCUUUAGAAUCUCACCUGCUGUCUCUGUGCUGUGCGUGAAGGUGUGGGUUCGUGUUAAGCCUGGCCUUGUGUGCAUCGGGGCUACCAAGGCACUUUGAAGUCAUUCCAGUGUAUUUGGAAAGAAUUGAGUGAAUGAGAAUGAUUCUGGUAGAUUUGACCAUACUUGUUUAUAUUCUGCACUUUAGAAGGAAAACAGUGUUAAUCUCUAGUCAAAAGCAAACUUAGUAAAUGGAAGACUUCUAGCUACUGUUGCUUUUCUCAGUAGAUUUAGAUAACAGAUUUUGUGCUUUGAAACUUUUUUUGUGGGAUCUCUUAGAAAGCAUCACUUUAGGGAGUAUCAAGGGCAAAGACAGUCAAUAUUGUCAGCCAUCUUGGUUUCUGAAGUGAAUUAAUGAAAUCUAUGCUCCUGAUUUUUAUUUUCUCCUGUGGCCAUAAAAAUCCAAAGCCCUAAGUGAUUGCUUUCUCGUCGCUUUAAGCAAUGAAGUUAUCUUAAUGCAGACAUGCUUGGUAGAAAAUGAGUGAUUUACCUUUUUCUAAAAAUAUUUUCAGUUGAUGUUUUAGUCCUCUUAAAAGCAGAUCAGAUGUGACUGAAACGCGAGGUAUUUGUGUUGUGCUACAUGAGGUGACUAGAAGCCACUUCUUAAUGUCACUAGCUCCUGUUUCCCUGUGAGCCGUAGGUAUAUUUGAAUUCACUGGCUUUGAGUCAAGGCUGGUUCUAGUUGAGGGAACCCAGGGUGCUUCAGUGUUAAAAGGGGCAGUGAAGAGUGAAUCCCAAUGAAGAGCGAUCCCAACUUUGAAAACUAUCUGGUUAUCCAUGACAAAAGCUGCCAUUGUGGUCAAAUGGCAACAUCUUUGCACAAAAAUGACACAUUUGUUUAACCAAAGCUUUGAAAUGUGAUGAAGCCACCACCGUAGGCACUUGCUAACACAAAUCAGUAUUGCUUCUACUUAGAAGGCUUGGGGACCAGUAAUGAGGUACCAGAUGAAGAUAGGAUCUGCAUCAAGUAAUUAAAUUUCCAGUUUGUCCUUGGA